AUGUCUACAAAACCUGUUCUGGCCGCUAAUGCUUCUUUAAGUCGAUCUUCGGCUGUCAACUCUAUGGGGCAUCUGAAGCCCACUCUUGGCAAUGCUAUGCCGUCGGUUCAACCUUGUCUAGUUAUGGCUUCCUCAUCUGGUGAAGCUGAUUCGAGGAGCAAGCUGAAAGGGUCCGACUUAUCAUUUGUUCCUCCUACAUUUAUGGAUGGAGAGGCUGUGGUGAACCUUUCGGAUGAAGCCCUUGAUGCCAUGGACCCGGAGUGGCAUGAUUGUUUGGUGGGUUAUCAAGUUGGGAGGAGGAAACUCCUAUUCGGUUUGAUGGAGCAAUCCUUGAGGAAGACUUGGGGCUCCAAGCUCGAAGAGAUGUUCGCCAAUGAUCAAGGAUUUCUCUUCCUCCAAAUCUUGGACCCUGGGGUUAGGAGGAAAAUCCUUGAAAAUUGGCCGAUGACCAUCGCUAGAGUGCCGCUCAUUCUAAGGCAAUGGAAGUCUCUUAUGGACCUCAAAAGAGAAGACCAAUCCACCAUCCCGGUUUGGAUCCGUUUGCGAAACUUACCACUUGAAUGCUGGACGGUGCCGGCAAUGAGCGCCAUUGCAAGUGUGGUGGGGAAGCCUCUCUAUGUUGAUCAGCGGACUAAUCAAAUGAAGAUAGUAUCCUUUGCAAGAAUAUGUGUCGAGAUCACGGCGAAUCAACCAAGAGUGGAGUCGGCCAAAGUCGUCUUGAAGGGAGUUUCUCGUACCAUCGACAUUCAAUAUGAAUGGCUCUCAGCUGAGUGCCCGGAUUGCAGAGCUUUUGGCCACAACUGUCGAGCCCCCCCACGCGAACAAAAUGCUGAUGGGCGCACCUCCAACCCAAGAUAG